AGAGGCAUAUUACAGAAGUGGGGAGAGUUGGUGUUUUGUCAAGACACCCCCAGCCACAGCCCCCACCCCACUCCCCCACUCCCCAAGUCCCUGCAGCCCCCAGCCCAGGACUAACCCAGUGAAAUUUAACAGCACCAUGUGAAACAGCAAGCGCUGAGGGAGAACUUUUGUGAAUAUUUCCUGCCUAUCUUCAGAAAGUAACCAGCAAAGAUGAAUCGCAGAGACAGUAAGAGGAAGUCUCGCCAUGAGUAUCAGAGCUCCCAGGGCAGCAAGGCCAUCCAGAGGCAGUGCAGGCGGAGAAUGACCUGCCCCAGUCCAGCCGAGAUCAACAAGGCCAAGGCCAUCAUGUCCAUGCCUCAGCUCAGCAAGGCUCUCAGCCUGGAUGAACUCAUUCUGAAAUGUGUCCAGUCCUUUGAUACUGAAGGGUGCCUGCGCUGUAGCAGUGAAACAGUCAACGUAACACUCAUGAUGCACAGCUGGAUCAUCCCAUCGUCAGAAUUCGCUCAGAAGCUCCUGCUGCUUUACCGAGACGCAGGAGGGGAAAAGCGGGACCAGAUUCGGGUGAAGAUCUGCCAUUUUGUAAGGUACUGGAUAGCACGUUAUCCCAUUGUGUUCACUGUGGACAGCAAACUGGAGGAUGUGAUGUCCCAGUUCUGGCAGUUGGCCCGAAACGAAGGCGAGGAAUCUCACUGUCAGCUCAUCGACACGUCCAACAUACACAUGCACGAAUGGACGUGGAAGUACACGCAACACGCCAUCUCUAGCAACAACAAGAAACGGAAAGUCUCCCUGCUUUUCGAUCACCUAGAGCCAACGGAAUUGGCAGAACACCUCAGCUACCUUGAGUUUAAGUCCUUCUGCCAGUUAACGUACCUGGACUACAGGAGCUACAUGGUGAGUGGGUGUGUGAGGGAGAAUCCAGCGCUGGAGCAUUCGGUGUCUUUGGUUAACGGGAUCUCCCAGUGGGUGCAGCUGAUGAUUCUCAACAGGCCCACAGCAGCUCAACGAGCUGAAGUCUUCACAAAGUUCAUUCACGUCGCUCAGAAACUGCGGUUACUCCAGAACUUUAACACUCUCAUGGCAGUGAUCGGAGGCCUCUGUCACAGCGCCAUUUCCCGGCUCAAGGAAACCAGCUCCUACCUCUCUCAGGAUGUCACCAAGACAUUGAAUGAAAUGACAGAGCUUCUGUCCUCCUGCAGUAACUAUAGCAACUAUCGGCGGGUCUUCAGUGAAUGCACUGGUUUUAAAAUCCCCAUCCUUGGGGUCCACCUGAAGGACCUGGUCUCCCUGAAUGAAGCCCUGCCGGACUAUAUUGAGGAUAAGAAGAUAAACCUGAACAAGCUGCAGCAGCUGUACAGUCGCAUCCUGGAGCUGAUCCAGAUCCAGGGCAGUACGCCACCCUUCGAAGCGAACAAGGACCUUGUCCAUCUGCUGACGUUAUCACUCGAUCUUUACUACACUGAAGAUGAAAUCUAUGAGCUGUCCUACGCAAAGGAACCAAAAACUCACCGAACUGUGUCAGUGUCCCCCUGCAAGCCACCGGUGGUAGUUGACUGGGCCUCCGGGGUGGCACCAAAGCUCGAUGCCGUGACGGUCAGUAAGCAUGUCCAGCAGAUGGUGGACUCCGUGUUCAAAAAUUAUGAUCACGACCAAGAUGGCUACAUUUCCCAAGUCGAGUUUGAGAAGAUCGCCGUCAGUUUCCCGUUUUCGUUCUUCGUCCUGGAUAAGGAACGCGAGGGCCUGAUCAGCCGAGAGGAGAUCACGGCCUACUUCAUGAGGGGCAGCUCCAUCUGCUCCAAGCUGAGGCUUGGCUUCCUGCACAACUUCCAGGAGACCACCUACAAGAAGCCCACCUUCUGCGACAGCUGCGCUGGAUUCCUGUGGGGUGUCAUCAAACAAGGAUACAGGUGUCAGGACUGCGGCAUCAACUGUCACAAGCAUUGCCGGGACGUGGUGGUACUGGAGUGCAAGAAACGCAGCAAAGGUCCACAGAGCGAAGGCACGCUGCCGUGCCCCCUGACCCUCUCCCUGUUGACGCCCAUCCCUCAGAAGGGUCACGGAACUGGUAAUGAAGACGAUAUAUUCACGUACACGCAGAAUGACAGUGCCGAGCACGGUGACGAUAGGAAGGACCAUACCAUUGUCGUAAUGGGUCACUUGAACCAGAAGAUCUCUGUGCGAAUACAGCCUGCCGUGGCCGACAAGUCGGUACAGACUGAGCCGGACAAACUGGGCGGGGAGCAGGGCACCAGGGUGCUGGCGGACGGCUCCAAACCCCAGCAGCCUCACCCUGGCAGGAGGCAGAAGGCUGGCAGUGAGGAGGUGGCAGACUGUGAACACUGGGUACAGAGACUGCAGGAGGUACAGAAGCAAAGGAACCAGCUGGCCGUGGAGAACAGCGAGCUUCACAAGCUGAAGGCCGGGCUGGAGGCCGAGAACAGCAGCCUGCAGGAUCGCCUAUGUGCCUUGCAGCAACAACUGGACGCUCUCAGGCAGCCCACGGUUACCCUCAUCCUGGAACAAAUGGACAACCUCCAGGUGGAGCGUGACUCCAAAAUCUGAACCUCCAUCAUCGCCCCGUUAUGUCUGGGGGGGGAACACGGAGGACGGGAGGCAGUAUCGUUUAAACUAUAAACGUACUGACACUUUUGGUUUUACUUCGCAUCUCAGAGCGUUACCUCAGAGAACAGACUGAAGCGAAUCCGGCCUCCUCCCCCAGCCACCCCUGCUUGGCAGGCAGGCAGUCAGAUGGGGAGAAACAGGCAGGCUCUCUUUCGCGCUAGGCCUCAGUGAGGGCCCUGAGUACUUUCAGCUCAUGCCUCAGAGGGAACAUGGUCAACCCCCAUUCCCACCUGCUCCUCCUCUCUCUCUCUCUGCUACAACAACAACCUGCCAGAAUUUUACUCCAGAUGGCGCCCACCCAACACCCUCCUGCUGCAUCGCCGUAAACUGGAGACACAGCGUGUCUCUCUCUUUGCCAUCCCACAGGCGGAACUGAGAUUUCAUGGAGGUCCUUUCGAUGGGUGACAUCCAUCCUUCAGACACUCAGGACUCGAAGCUUUGACCUUGGGCCCCAGUCUCCGAUGGAAAUGGGCCUUGAGCCAACAUCGAACCAAACUCCGAAGUUGGGCAGGAUUGCUUCCGGCUCUGACCGCCCGAUAUGUCACUGGUGACCCGGUCUAGCAAGUUGGCAUUUUCCAGAUGGACUGGAUCCCAAUCUUCACCUCCCCCGCCACCCUCACUCCCAUUCGAAUGUGUCGGAGAACCAGCCGGGAUUGUGAUGAAUGUAGGAUUGCGUUUGAGUGGCCUACUCGUGAUCCGAUAUUUUGUUGAAUCCGCCGGGUCGGGGGUGGGGAGCCAGGGAGCAACUCCAGGCAAAAUGGCCGCUCGCGGUGAGUGCCACAAGGCUGGUGGCCGUUGAGGGGACCUUGCUGUCGAUUCUGAACCCUGUCCCGUGCCAGAUGGAUGUCUGAUUUAUUUAUUUUUUUCUUUUUUUAUCCCCCCAGCACCCAUGUUGUGUGUCUGAGACACAGGGUGCAUGAAUCUUUAUUCAAAUUUCCACCACCAGGAAGAAAGGAAACACCCGAGUGGCCAGUGACAAGCUGUGCCCUUCACAUCAAAGGGCAACGCUGUGUGAUCAAACAGUGAAGGGGAGGGAAGGGGCUAAAUCAAAAUAGAGUUGGAGGGGGAAAUAAUGCACUCCACUCCCUGUGGCACCCACCUCUCCCUGAACAACUCCAGGGUGUUGGUGGACACCACGUGCUCCUUCUCCAGAGACACCCGGGCUCUAACGUAUGGACGUCUGAUUUUCCCAAACCUUCCCGCCCCACUCCCACUCGUAUUGGGGUCAGCUCUGCCUGUCUGGGUUAGCCAGUGCAGCUGAGGCCUUUCCGUUGCCAGGAGCAACGGCCCCGCGGUUUAGGCCUGUGGUUAUAUCCAGCAGGAGCGAGCUGUCUGCCCCCCCUCCCGCCAUUUCUAAACCUGGUCACCGAGGUCGAAAACCACUGACAGGAUUCAAGCGACAGUGAAGUGACGAAUAAACUCACCGACUGAAACGGAUUCCAACCCUUCCAUCGACAGGAUUUCCUCAGGUCUGGAAUUAAAACGUCGGUGCUGCCUCAUUAGCAAGUGAAGGGGCAGGUUUGUUCAGUAACACAAGUGAGGCUUUUGGAACCUGUGUAGAAGCACUUUGAGAAGACUUUAGCGCCGAAUCUGUGCCUUGACCCUCUCGCGCACUUACUCGUCAUUUUGUCACCGAAACUAGGUUUACCUGAGACUUCAGGCCAUUUCCCCUUGAUGUCUCCGUUCAGUGCUGAGGGAGUGCUUCACUACCAGAGGCAAUGUUUACUGCACCCAGGGGGACAAUGAGCUGCCCACUCAACUAAAAAGAGCUCUUUGUCACAUUGUCACCGCACAGUGUGGGUUGUCCAACGUUCAUACCUCAACCGACCGAAACCAAACCGAUUGGCCCCGUCGGCGUGUGGGAUUUUGCUUUGUCCUGGUCGGAGGAGAGGGGGUGCAAGAGACCCCAUCCGCAUCCCGCUGAGAUAACCACCGGUCGCCAUAACGAUCUCGCUCGGCGUCAAACGUAACUGUGUGCAGUUACCAGACUUGAAAGAAUCGGGAGGAGUGUGUGUUUAAUUUGCACCGAGUGUGAAUUCUUGCCAGCUGAGAGUUAGGCCUCAUUGAGUGACUAGGCCUCAACUGCAGCCUUACUGUUUGCAUCAAGAUAAAAGGGCAGUUUUGCCAACAUCUUUGAACCUUUGUUUUGCCCCCACUUAUCCUUUUGGAAACAACGGGAAUUGCUGAGUAUUGUUUCAUCUACUCAGGAUCGAGGGUGGCUCAGUGGUUAGCACUGCUGCCUCAGUCACAGGUUCAAUUCCAGCCUCGGGUGACCAUCUGUGUGGAGUUUGUAUAUUCUGCCCGUGUCUGCGUGGGUUUCCUCCCACAGUCCAAAGACGUGCAGGCUGGGGUGCUAAAUUGUCCCCUAGUGUUAGAUGCAUUAGUCAGAGGGAGGUGGGUCUGGGUGGGUUGCUCUUCAGAGGGUUGGCAUGAGCUUGUUGGGCUGAAGAGCCUGUUCCCACGCUUUGGGAAUCUAAUCUAAAGCUUAUAGCCGUGAUGUCUCACUGUUGUGAGAUAGAGGUGGCUCAAAGAUUAAGUAUGAUUUGCCCUCACCCUUUUUACCCAGAAUGCCCUUCAUAGUAUCAAACAGCACAGGAAUAGACCCCUCGCCCCAACCAGUCCACGUCGACCACAAUCCCAAACUGAAUUAGUCCCAUUUGCCUGCUCCUGGCCCAUAUCCCUCCAAAUCUUUUCAAGGACUUCCCAGAAUGUCUUUUAAAUGUUGUAACUGUGCCCUCAUCCACCACAUCCUCAGGAAAUUCAUUCCAAACGCGAACCACCCUCUGUGUAAAGUCAGGGGACUUGAAUGUGAAAAUCCAGUCUGACAUUCGCAAUGUAAAAUGGGACUGUCCAAUAAACACCGGCCAAGCCAGCGGCACCCACAUCUCAUGAGUGAAUGACAAACAAAUCAGCAGAAUUCUCUUCACAAGGCAGCACUGGAGGCUGUGUCAUUGACUAUAUUCAUUGCCGUGUUAGAUUGACAAAAGAGUCAAGGGUUACAGGGCAAGGGUCAGAUGGCAAAGUGGGGCUGAGAUUGUAGCCGGCCUAUCCCUGAUCCGAUCAAAUGGCUCGGCAGGCUCAAAGGGGACGAAUGGCCUACUCCUGAGGUUUGUGAAACACUGAUACACUGUGAUAAGGCGCUAUAGCAACACCCACUGUGGUCGCUGCUGAAAGUGGGGGAGACCCCCACCCACCCGAGCCCUACAGUAUGCCUCUCUGCUUCCACCUCUGCCCACCCCCUCCCCCCCCCCCCACCCCAGUCUGCACUCAGUCAGACAUCACCUUAGUCACCUGAUCGAUAUCUCUCCCCUUCCCUCUCUCCAGUGGGGAUCACUCCACGCCCCCUCCAUCACACUCGGGGACCAACAAAUGAGGAAUUCCCGAAGCUAUCCGGGAAAAGCGCUGCUCCACGUUGGACAGAAUCGGGAAUCAAUCCACAUGCUGAAGCCAGCUUUAAGAUUAGAUUAGAUUCCCAACAGUGUGGCACAGGGAGAUAGAUUCCUGAUGAACGAGGGGGCAAAAGAUUACGAGAAGGAAUGUAGAGUUGAGGUUAAAAUCAGAUCAGCCACAAUCCUAUUGAAUGGGGAAGCAGGCUUGAAGGGCUGAGUGGCCUUCUCUUGGCUUGGAUGCUUUUAAAUAGGGUUUGCCAACUGUUUAGGCUGUGGCUCGGGGAAAGACUGGCUGGUGACUGACAGGAAAGGAAAGGUUUACAGAGCAUCUUAUCGGGAGAAAGAGAGAGAGAGGGAGAGAGAGAGAGGGAGAGAUCGAGGGGAAGCAGCAGCAGCAGAACAGGUUCAGUAGCUGAUGGGAAAAUAAAAUGAUAUCCACAAUAACAGACACAACAACUGAGUUUGCACAAAGUACUCAUUGCACACGUAAACAUACCCUGGCUGCACCUCUCCCAACACGUUAACAAGAAUUCUCUCUCCUCACCCCCAUCAGCCACCCUCCUCUCAGAUUCACACCGGCCUCGGGAUGGUGCAAAGCACCGUGUAAAUGCAAGCUUUUGUUGGCUUGCCACGUUUGUUGGCGCUUCCUCCUCCCACAAUUCUCAGGACCCGAAGGAUUUGGAUCGGCUAUCGCACGCAAGGUUCGAUUGCCAGCAAGCAAGAACAGGCCCCCUUCGCUCCAAGCAGCAGAGGCAGGGGUACGCAAAAGUGGUGGGACGUAGCCUCACCUGUCGUUGAUGUAAAUGUGUACAUAAUGUAUUUAAAUAUUGAUGUGCGAGGGCGAGGGGGAAGUUGCUGUGAAAUCCUAAAAGCUGUUGACA